AUGCUUCAAUUUUCAGCAGACAUUGUGGAUGCAGUUCCGAAGAAAGCCUGUUAUCGCUUGAAUGAUCCUCAUGACGAUCUUGGAAAGUAUUUGAAGAGAAAUCUUGAUUUGGAAUCAAAUAACACAAUUUUUUCAAACUCGGAGGAUGUUUGUUUUUGUAAAUCACAAGAGGAAAGAUACGAAAAAAAGCAGAAGAGGAAGAAUAACCAGAAGAAAAAUCAAUCCUCACAUCAACAAACAAAUAAGAAGAAUCAGAGUUCGACACGACUUGAUGACAUUGUGAUGAAUGUCUAUGACAUUGGAAAACAACAACAAGACGAAAAGACAGAUCAUGAACAAACAAAUGAAACAAGUAAUUCUUCCACAAAUUAUUCGAAUGGAUUUGGUCCGGUUUCACCGGUGGUACCAAAGAAAAACAAUGACGAGAAUAUUUAUUAUGAAUUGGGUGGUUUUCAAUUCAAAUUAGAGAAGGAGGAACAUGAACAGCGGAACAGCCACAACAUUCCUUCCAUAUCGAUUCGACAUGUGGCAGUUAGUGAAAAACAUUGUAUUGUUAUGAUUGAUGCCAAUUAUCUCCAAGAUUCAGCUCCUCAUUGUGAACUCAAUGAUUUUCCAUUUCGAUUAUAUGCUUUUGGAGACAAUUAUUGGGGACAAUUGUCCUUUGACUUUAACAAAAGUGGCAAUUACAUCUAUCCAGGUAAAGAAAUGGAGCCUGCUUAUUCAUAUUUGAAGGAAUUCUUUUCGAAAAUGGAGGAUCAGAUUCCAAACUUUACAACUGUCACUCUUAGAGAUGUAGUUUGUGCACAAAACUUUUCAUUGUUCUUAACGAGUUGUGGAAAAUUAUUUUCAUGUGGAAAUGUUCAAAUGAAAAAUAGAUAUCACUCUUAUCACAAGAUAGUGCCUUUGGAAGGAACAGAAAAGUUGAGAGUGGAGAAGAUUUCAUGUGGAUCCAAUCACAUUCUCAUGGUCGCCUCUCCCAUCAUUGACCCCAUACAAUCAGGCAUGUCAAAACUACACAUUGACGACUCUGGCGCUACAAAUAUUGUUUACGGAAAAAGAAAGGCGUAUGGAUAUGGUCGUUCUUCCAAUUAUGAGCUAGCUCGGUUCGAACAAUUAGUCAAUACGGUCGUUGAAAUACCAGUACUAAGCUCAUCGAGCACUGACGAAAUAGUGGACGUGAAAGCAGGUGGUACAUUUUCACUAUUUUUUACAAAAAGAGGAUUUAUUUAUUCAUGUGGAGAUAACUCUUACCAACAGCAAGGAAAAGAACCACACUAUGUCACCAUCAUGGAUGUCAUGAAAUUAACAAGCAAAGAAUUUGAUUACAAUCAAUUUGCCAUUCGUAAUAUUUGUUGUGGAGAUGCUUUUAGUGUGAUUGUGACACAUCAUGGAAAAGUUUUUACUACCAUCAAAACAUCAAGACCAACGAUCAACGUUGAUCAGAAAAAGGGAUUUUACGAAAUGGAAUAUUUUACAAAAAACAAUAUUCAUGUCGAGAAUGCAUUCGCCACCAAGAACGCUAUCAUUUACCAAACCACACAUGGAGCAUUGUAUUAUUCGAAAGUUUCAGAGCAUUCUAAUGGCUAUUCCUCAAUUCGAAAACCAAUAUUGGGAAAGCCAAGACCCAUUAACUUAUCGAAAUUCAAUGCAUCUAUGAAGAAGGUAUUCUCAUCGUUGCAGUCGGAUCAUUUUCUAGUGAUGACUUUAAUGACCAUUGAAUUGACCACAUUCUUUGACUUGCUUUUGAAUUCGCAUGUAAAUCAUACAAAUUUUUCAGACAUUAAGUGUGUAACGUUGCGUCGUUGA